AUGACACCAAGUUCUUUGUCCCCGCAUUACGCAGCUCAAUCUCCUUCAGGACGUAAACCUGACUUGGUAGCGAAGGAGGUGCUGGAAUGGUGGCAAACCAACGGAAAGCACCCGUUCAUCCAGCCCCACAUCUCGUUACCGAGUAAUGUGGGUGCGAACUCGCCAGAGAACUUACCACUAGGUGAUAAGGUCCAGCUCAUUCGACUACCAGUAGCUUCACCGUCAGCCGUUAAAGAGUUCAGUCAGGUUAGCAGUGAAGAGCCAGCACAUCUCACCACAGGUGGUGGAAGUUUCAAUUCCAGGUUGAGUUUUAUUGAAAUGAGAUUUCCCAAGGGAAUCAGUGAUUACUAUCAGAUAUUUAGGGAUAAUAGUCCAGAGCAUACCAAAUAUUCUCAACCCGAGUUUCGCAAGAGCUUUGUAUAA